GUUUUUAACCAGGGUUUGGCUAGUCGAACACAAGGCCCGGUUUAGUAGAUGUUGUGAACACAGAAAGAAAACGACGAUUAUAUUGUUGGAGCGGCUCCUCACUUCAUGGUUCAGAUUUUGAGCUCACACUCUGGAUGGGUCAGCUGGUAACAGUAGGGGCCAGCUGUUAACAUCAUUUUGGCCUCUGCAUGUUGUAUCAGUUCACGAUGGCCAGUAACUUCCGUAGCUACAUUUGGGAUCCAGUCCUCAUUGUGAGUCAGAUUGUGCUGAUGCAGUGCAUCUACUACAGCUUCCUGGGCCUGUGGUUGGCAGGAGUGGACAGUCUGGUGCAAACAAAUCGGUCACUGGACCAGAUCUUUAACUAUGAAGCCCUUGGGUUUGCAACAAUACAGGGCAGGCUCUCAAUGAUGGCUUUCAUAUUGAAUUCACUUACCUGCGCACUUGGUCUGUGGUUCUUCAUCCGUCGAGGGAAACAGUGCUUGGACUUCACAGUCACCGUGCACUUCUUCCAUAUGAUCGGCUGCUGGAUCUAUAACGCUCAUCUUCCAGCUGCUCUGUCCUGGUGGCUCGUCAAUGUGGCCUGCAUGGCGUUGAUGGCUGUUAUUGGAGAGUACCUGUGCAUGCGGACUGAGCUCAGGGCCAUUCCCGUCAACAGUGGACCCAAGUCUAACCUUUGAAUUUUUCUUGAUGCUACACUGAAAAUCAAUGGACAUUUAAGCCUUGAGGAACUUGCUCAAAAGCGUUUUGUUUUUUUUCACUGCUGGCAAAAGAAAUCCAACAUGAAUUGCCAUCAACAUUCACAUAUAUAUAUAUAUUUAUAUAUGUAUGUAUAUAUAUGUUGGAUUGAAUGUCAAGUGAUACACCAGAUGAACCGACCUAUUUAUUCAUAACUUAAAUGUUGGACAGUUUUAACUGUGUAGCAUAUUAAGAUACAGAUUUUAAGGCUUAUCAAAGGAGAUGUCAGUUUACACCCUUCUCCCAACCUGAUGAGCUAUGAGUUUUUUUUUUUUAGUAAUUCAUUUUUUGUGUGUGAAAAUUAAGUGCAUUAGCAUGAACAUCCUAUUUCCUUAAUUUAAAGACAUUUUAAAAUGGAUGAUAUUUGUUCUUUUUUACACCAAAAGGAGAUCUUCAGAGCAAAUAUGGACGAGCAAAUUCCAACAUCAGACAUUGCUGCCUGUCUUUGUGUUGGUAUAAUUAUGAGCUGUUAAGUAAAAAAUCUUCCACUUACACGUCACUGCAAAUUAGAGAUACCAGUGUGCAAGUUUACCUAUUUAAGCUUUUAAUCAUUUUUCUUAUGACUGCAUCUCAGUGUUCCAACUGGGAUAUUAUAGUUUCCUAAUAUCCUACAUAAUCAGUCAGAAGUAAGUCAUUUUUACAUUUCUGGAGCCUUCCCUGUCAAGCUUGCACAGCGUUUUGCGCCACUAGUGCUGUUCGUUUCCAUCUCUUUGUGUCAUGAUGUAUUAUGCAGACAAGGUGGCCAGUUUGGGGACCGUUUGUCAGACACCAGCUGUGUUCUGACAGCAGGCUGUGUGUCUGUGUUCCCGAAAACACUAUCACUGUUUGUGGGGAUGUGACGUCAACAGUCACAAAAUGUGCAGCACUGAUGGUUUCUGGAACAUUUUUAGCUUCCUGAUGGAUUUUAAAACCGUGUCUAAAAUAACAGCUUCUUAUUAUUAGUAUUACAGUUGCUCAGCUUCACAUUCUGUGGAGCAACUGUCAGAUUAAGCCUUUGAAGCUGUGAUGGUGCGGACUAUGCAGUGUCUUGUUUCAAAAUUCAGUUUCUAAAAUGUACAUCAUUCUGCUACAGGGGAUUUAAAGGAAUAGUUGACAUUUUAGGGAAUAAGCUUGUUCACUGUCUUGCCGAGAGUAAGAAGAGAAGCUUGACUUUAUGUUUGUCUACUAAAUAAAGCAGGUUAGCUCAGCAUAACAUAAAGACUACAGCACCUCUCAGUAAUUACCAUCUUAUAUCUUGGUUUUGUUGGGGUUUUUUGUACAGAAUGAACAACUUGUAAAAACAAUAAGUUAUGUUUGUCUCAUGCUGAUGAUGAAGACUCUAUGAAGUCACUGCGCCCCACCAAAACAAACAAGAUAUAACAUGUUAUUUAAUGAGUUUUAGAGGUACUGGUAGGUGUUUUUUUUAUGCCUUUGAACAGAGCCAGGUUAUCUUUUUCCAGUCUUUAUUCUAAUCUAAGCUAACCAGCGGUUGACUUUAGCUUCAUAUUUACUGUAAAGACAUGAGAGUGGUAUCAACUUUCCCAUCUAAUCCUCAGGAAGGAAGUAAAUAAGUGUCAAACUAUUCCUUUAAGUUAUGUCCAAAUUCAUGACUACUCUUCCUAAGGCAGGGUGAGCUAAUAUUUGAUCUUUUUCUAGCAGUGGCUGUUCUGCAGGUUUUCACAUGUAAUGUCACCUUUGUAACAUAACAUAAGAAAUUGAUUUAAAAACAAAUGGAGGGAUUGGACCUAUUCAUGUGAAUAAAUUCUUGGACCUGUUUCUGGUGC